CGAAAAUCUACAGCCCAGCUAUUUUAUUGACCUUGGGGCUAUUACUUUGAUAUACACAUUAAACAGCUCUAAUAUCAAGAACAAGACCCAUUCAACUGUAUGACUAUAUGAGAAAAAUAACCACAUUUUUAUAGUUUCAUUAGAAAUUAUUUUAAAUAUCUCCGUCCCGCGCGCAGGGGACAAAGUUUCCGCCCACAGACUGAAAAAACACACACCCAUCCACCCGCAGCGCAUAGCGCAAAGCGCAAGGCGCGCAGUUUCCUCAUAACCGCCGCACACACACAUACUCACACACUUACACACACACACACGCAUGACGACAAUGGCAACCGCCACCGCCACCAGCACCUACUCCUCCUCCACCGCGCAGAUCCCCUCCCUCUCCCCCGCCGAGCUCUCCUACCUGCACACCUCCCUCUCGUACCCGCGCAACCCCGUCCGCACGGAUGGGCGCUCCGCAACGCAGUUCCGCCCGCUGACGGCCGAGACGGAUAUUUUGCCGGGCGCCAAUGGGAGUGCGCGGAUCGGGUUUGCGGACGGGACGCAGGCGAUUGUGGGGGUGAAGGCGGAGGUGGAGAGGACGGUUGUUGGGGGGGUUUUGGAUCGGGAGGGGGGCGAUGUGGUGGGGGAGGGGGAAGGAGAGGGCAAAGCGGGCGGAAAGAGCAGGGGGCGGGGCGGGGAGAGUUCGUGGGUGGAGAUGUCGAUUGAGAUUCCUGGGUUGAGGGAUGAUGAUGCGCUGCCUGUUUUUUUGGCGGAGAUGAUGAGGGAGGCGUUGAUGGUUUCUGGGUCUGGGGAGGGUGAUGGGGAUGCGGAUGGCUCUGGGGGUGGUGAAGGGAUGCCGCAAGGGUUGAAGGGGCGGUUGGUUAUUAAUGGCGGGUGGCAUUGGAGGAUUUAUAUUGAUAUUCUCCUCCUCUCCCCGCCGCUCUCGUAUCCCCUCCCCCUCCUCUCCCUAACAACCCAUCUCGCCCUCCUAUCCACAAAGCUACCCCGCCUCAUCUCCAAGGACGAAGAGGACCCCAUGUUCGAUGACGACUGGGCUGCCGCGGAGUACCUAUACCCGCGACGCCCGUCGCAGCCGCAGAAGCAACAGCAGCACAGAAAAGCAGCAUCAGCAUCAGCAACAAAUACAUCGACAUCGGCAACACCACACCUCCACCCCUUCCGGCCCCCGGUAACCCUCCUCGUAAUCUCCGUCGGCGACAAUAUAAUCUUCGACCCCAGUCGCGAAGAAAUUGCCGUCGCGGAAGCCGUGCUAGCCGUCUCCGUCGGGCGCGAUACCUCCACCACCACCACCACCACCACCACCGAAAACCAAAACGGACCUCCAACCAGCAACCCACUAAAACUGCUCUCCAUCCGCACUAUCGACCCGCCCUCCCGCCUCACGAACCCAGGGAUCCCGAAUUCAGAAAACGCAGCGACGAUUGGGUUUGCGGCUGGUGGUGCUGGUCAGAAUGAGACGACGAGUACGAGCGUGGCCAUGGCGGGGGCAGCGGUUGAUACCGGGGAAGAUGUGGCUGGUGUUUGGAGGCCGAGGCGGGGCGGGGUGAAGAGGGGAGUUGUUUCGAGGAUUGUGGAGAUGGUGCUGAAGAAGGGUGGGGUUGGAGAGGAGGUUAUGGAGGGAUUGGAGGGGGUGGAGGUUGGGUGAAUUCUCUUGGUUUCUUGGAUGGCUAGUUUACGGGCGUUAAGGGGUGUUCAGACUUCUCCUGUUGUUUUUUUUUUUUUUUUUUUUUUUUUUUUUUUUUUUUAUAGAUUUUCAAUUGGCUGAUUCAUUUAUUGUACUGUACGUACCUCGUUAUCGGGUUGAUUAAAAUAAUAGAGGGAGAAAUCGGGUGAAUCAUGUAAAUAAUUCGAUUUGGCUACGUUAGUUAUUUUAUGUGUAUAUCCCCGUGCUUGUAGGAUAAUAGGAACUAUAAAGGAUUCUAUGGAAUGGUUAAGUUGGCUUUUGAGAUAUAGGUAUUUAUCUAAUAAUGGGAGUACAGUAUAAUUAACUAUGCAAAAUAAGGAGCUUAG